AUGCUCACCAUUUCAAUCCUCACUUCAAUUCUCUCGAUAUUCGCCAGUCAUGUCUUGUGCAGCACCAAAUUCCUGCGUCCCCCAGAAUUCAACCCCUUUGUCGAUCUUCAGGCUGGGUUUGAACAAAAUAGAAAGUACGAAGUUGGAGAUAUAAUACAGCUCCUCUGGGAGACUGAUCUGAAAAAUGUUGCGCUGUACUUGGUCCAAGAGAUAGGAUCAAUCAGCCAUAACGUAACAUUGGACUCAUCUCGUAUUGAGUGGAAGGCUGAGUGGGACGUAGUCGGAUUAGUGAAGAGAAACGAAGACUCUGUGUAUUACUUUGCCUUGGGCGACCCUGACGAUCUUACGGCGCUCAUUGCUUUGACGCAAUACUUCAAUGUCACCGCUCCGGAACUCGAAACCUCUACCACGCUGCAGGCCUCUACUACGACUCACAGCACAACCUCUCAAAGUCUUGGAGUGCAGUCUACGCAACUCAUCCCUAUAUCUACGGUUACAGAUCAAUCCUCGAACGAAGAAGCAAAUUCAGAUGCUGGGUCUGACUCUGGAAUUUCAAAGGGCGAGAUUACAGGAGCAGCUGUUGGCGGAACCAUUGGCGGUCUUAUACUUCUUGGUGCUGUUGGAUGGUUGAUCUGGAGAAGAUCAGCACGAAAGAAAAAAGACACGGACGUCUCAGUGGUUUCUCAAAGUCAGCACCAGCAAUUUCACUCUUCCGAGACAAAGGCUGAGCUACCUGGUGACCCGGCGGUGGAGGUCUAUCCUUCAGGUCAUAAACGACUGCGCCCUUCCGAUGUCAUCGGCUGCAUUAUUGCUACGUUCGUCAGUCUCGCAGCUUGUGAGUCGAAAUUUAUUCGGCCCCCACAAUGGGACCCAAACUAUAAUGGCAACCGAGACUUGGGCAAGAACAUACGCUACAGCGAUGGCGAGGAUAUCCCGAUCAUCUUUGAUUCAGACGACCCCAAUGUCGAACUGAGCUGGAAGGCCGAAUAUGACAUGGGCCGCUAUUUGAGACAUGGCGAAGACUCUGUUUAUUGGUUUGGGAUCUAUAAAUCUGGUGAUCAGCAGACACCACUGGCAGAGUCUCAAUACAUCAAUGUCACCAUUCCGGAUUCUGCUCAGCACCAUAAAGUCACAGUUUCGGAAACCAUAACCGCUGUACAAGAGACAGCCACCUUACAGCUACCACCACAAUCCACCACUCAGUCCACCACUCAAUCCUCAGCAGCAACCGAGACGCCCUCCAGCCAAGAAAGUAAAGCGAAUAAUGGGUCUGGGUUGACGACUACUGAAAUAGUGGGUAUCGCCGUCGGUGCAUCACUUGGCGGCGUCCUGAUUCUCGGGGGCAUCUGUUGGUUGGGCUGUAGGAUAUCAGCAAGGCGUGAAACUCCAUAUGGACACGGCGCGCAGAACCAUCAGCCAUACCAGUGGGAACUCAAAGACAUGUACAUUUCUGCCCCUCCAAGAAGGAUAGCAAAGACCAAAAUGAGUCUCCAAUUCACCACUCUCGAUGUUUUCACCACCAGCGCCUUUGAAGGCAACCCUUUGGCAGUGGUGACGAUACCCCCACCAAGCCAACAGGCUCCCCUCACCCAAUCUCAAAAGCAACGUAUCGCUCGCGAGUUCAACCUCUCCGAGACUGUUUUUAUUCAUGAUGUUGAAAACCGUGCAGAAACAGACGAGAGGAAGAUUGAUAUCUUUACUCCACAGUUCGAAUUGCCAUUUGCGGGGCAUCCGACUAUCGGCACAGCUGUUUUUCUUCAGCCCCAGGGCGUAAAGACAAUGAUUGCAAAGGCGGGCAGGAUUAAUCUUGAGUUCGAAAACGGCUCUCCGCGUGCUUUAAUUCCCCACGAUGUUAAGCUUCACAAGGAACGUGUGCCAAAGCAUGAAAUUGAAGCUGGUUGGGAUGGUAAACUCGCCGAAGUCGCUGCCGCUGACGAGGGCGCACCGCUGUUUAGCAUCGUCAACGGGAUGACUUUUGCGCUCGUAAAUCUCCCAUCUCUGGAGUUACUCGGCGCUGCCAAGGUCGGGGCUAUGGGUUACAUCGACGGCGACUUGCAGGACGACGGUUGGAAACACGAUUUUGACUCAAGGCGCUACUACUAUACGCUGCUUGACGGCGAGAUAUCACCUGACGGAAAGCAUGUGCAGAAUCUUCGCACGAGACUUGUUAAGCGUAAUAUGGAAGACCCAGCAACUGGAAGUGCUGCGUGCGCGUUGUCGUGUUAUUUGGCGUUGCAUAAACUAUCUGCGAACUCGAUCAGGUUCAAUAUUACGCAGGGUGUUGAGAUGGGGCGGGAGAGUCUUAUCGUAGUAGAUGCUGAGGUCGAGACGGAUGGAGCUGGAGAGAGAAAAGUCAAGACUGUUCAUCUUAGUGGAAAGGCGGUUGAGGUCAUGAAGGGGACUGUUAGAGUACCUCAGUGAGGGCAUUGAUGCGGGCGCAGUAGCUAUGACAGCGACCAUCUUGUACGCACUUUAAUAGCUACUUACCGAAGUAUCUGUGUAUCAAUUUUGUUCCGUAUCUCAUAGCCAAGAUACCUGAUACUGAACCUUUG